AUGACUCGUGUCAUUAAACGCCCAAAACAUCACAUGCAGGUAAAUUUAAAUUUAACAAUUUUCCUCCAGGCAUCCAAAAAUGUUACCACGUUCUACAAAGAUGGCACAGCUCAACUCUCCAUCAAAGGAGUGGAACCUUCCCACAGUGGAGUAUACACCGUCACGGCAUCCAACGUUGACGGAGCCACUUCAGCGAAUAUCGAGCUUGUCGUCAAAUCCCCUCCGGCCGCACCAGAAGGUCCUCUUCAAGCGUCGAUAGUUGGCAAAUCAUGCAAAUUAUCAUGGAAACCUCCAAAAGAUGAUGGCCACUCGCCGCUACUUGGCUUCUACUUAGAAAAAUACGAUGAGAAGACAAAGAAGUGGGCAUUUGUAGCCCGGUCCAAGGAUAACAACUAUACUAUAGACAACGUUGGCGAUGCUACUUCGCAUCGCUUCCGAGUAGCUGCUGAAAACGCUGUUGGAACGGGAUCUUUCAUCGAGUCCGCUCCUAUAACAGCUGAUGUUCCACCAGAAAUCGCUCGAGAGGCUGUGAAAACACUUCUCGUCGUCCCUGAAGGAAAAGACGCUACCAUCACGUUGUCAUUCAAAGGUAAACCAGCUCCAAGCGCAGAAUGGCUUGAUAGUGCAGGCAAACCAAUAAAGGAUUCGAAGAAGUAUAAGAUAAAAACCACUGAAGUAAGCAGUGAACUCACGAUAAAGGGAGUAGGUUCCUCUGAUGCCGGGCAAUACGUCCUCAAGAUCAAGAACACUAGCGGCGAAGACUCCCUGCCCAUCACUAUCCAGGUACAAGGACGUCCCGAUACUCCGGGAAAACCAACUGUCAAGCAGAAUACAGCUGAUUCAGUCGUAUUAACUUGGACAGAACCCAAAAAGGAUGGUGGCUCCGCGAUUCAACAGUUCACAGUUGAAAUGUGCACUGCUGCGAAUAAAAAAUGGAAAAAGGCAGAAACAACCAAGCAGGCCACUACCACACUUUUCAACCUUGUGCCUGGAGAGCUGUACAUUUUCCGUGUGAAAGCAGCAAACAGUCUGGGAGAAUCAGAAUUCUCUGAAGAAUCUGAACCAUUCAGCCUGAAGGAGCCCAAAGUCGAUGAAGCCAUACAAAAGAUUGCCGAUGAAGAGGUUUCCGUACCCGUCGACUACGAGAAAUUCGACUCCGAAAUUGAUCCAACGCAACAGAAAGAAAUCGAUGUUCGCCAUCUACCAAAUGAUCUUCUUGAUAAAUACAUUAUUUGCGAAGAACUUGGGCAAGGCGCUUAUGGCACUGUGUAUAGAGCAAUAGAGAAGUCCACCGGAAAGAUAUGGGCAGCGAAAAUGGUGCAGGUGCGUCCUGGAGUGAAGAAAGAAGAUGUGCUUCACGAGAUUUCCAUAAUGAAUCAGCUACAUCACGAUAAAUUGCUCAAUCUACAUGAAGCGUUUGAUCUCGGCAAUGAGAUGUGUCUCAUUGAAGAAUUUGUGUCCGGAGGAGAACUUCUUGACAAAAUUAUUGAAGACGACAUGUUGAUGAGUGAGGAUGAAGCAAAAGACUACAUGCGUCAAAUUCUCCAAGGAUUGGAGCACAUGCAUAGCAAUCAAAUCGUGCACUUAGAUCUGAAGGUAAAAGCAUGGGACUUGUCUAAUUCGCUUGUUUGGUAUCAUAAUAAGAAAACAGUGAAGCUUCUCUUUGGAACACCAGAAUUCUGUGCACCUGAAGUUGUGAACUACGAACCAGUCGGCUUCAGUACUGACAUGUGGAGUGUCGGAGUGAUCACCUAUGUGCUGUUAUCUGGACUAUCACCAUUCCUUGGAGACACCGAUGAAGAGACACUGGCCAACGUGUCGGCAGCUGACUGGGGCUUUGACGAUCCCGUUUUUGACGAUGUGUCUGAUGCCGCUAAAGAUUUCAUUUGUCGUCUUAUGUGUAAGGACAAGCGCCGUCGUAUGACAGUAAAACAAGCUCUUCAACACCCGUGGAUUGUUAAGACGCCGAAGGCAAGAAAAUCUCGUGGUCAGUUAACUCCGCAGCAGAAAAAGAAAUUCAUGGCACUCAGAAGAUGGUCCGACGAUCUCUUGCCGAUCGGUCGCUUGGCGAAACGUGGUGCCAUCUUCAGGCAGCAAUCAAUGGAUGGCGUGUUCGAAAGGAAUAUCAGCUUUGAUGCUGAUUAUCCUCCACAUGUGAAGAAACAACUUGAGGAUAUCGUCGCAUAUGUAGGAGACCUGAUUGCGGCACUAACCUGUGAGAUGGAUGGCUCUCCACUGCCACGAAUUACCUGGUACAAAGACGAGAAGCAGCUCGAAAUACCGUCCAUCAAGUAUGACUCGCAAUUCGACGAUGGUUUGGCACAGUUGACGGUGAAGAACAUCGAGCAGUCUGAUGCUGGAGUGUAUCGUUGUCGGGCUACAAAUGAGCUCGGCUCGGUGUCCACAGAAGGGAAAUUGAUCGUUGGAGUCCGAGAAUCCAAGACAUCUCCAGCCGAACUACAGAAGAGGAGCGCUGCAAAGGUGGCCGAAGAACCCACGGUUGUAAAGUCGAAACCAUCAUUCAAACCUGGUUUGGUGGAUAGCACUGUCAUACUGGGUGAACAGCUUAUCCUUUCCGUGACAAGCGUUCCCACUCCUGAACUGACAGUCGAAUGGUUCCACAAUGAAGAGCCCAUAAGUGAGAAUGAUGCUCAAUAUGUGCAGAAGCACGUAGAGAAUCGCUAUGAGCUAUAUGUCGACAGAGCCACCUUGAGUGAUGGAGGCAAAUGGAAAGUCAUCGGGCGAAACAUGUUGGGGCAAUGCGAAAGCUCGUGUGAUGUCAUAGUGAAGGUCCCCGAUGGCCUGAUGGCUCCUGUAUUCGAAAAGGCCCUAGAAGACAUUAGCUGUGAAGAAAUGGAGUUGCUAACGCUACCAGUUAAGAUCUUAGCCAAUCCGCCGCCUGAGAUUACAUGGUAUUGUAACGACAAGGAGCUUCAGCAUUCUCUGAAUCAUCGGCUGCAGUUUGAUGAUGAUACGAAGGAGUAUUCCCUCACUAUCGUGAAAGCCUAUGCAGAGGAUAGUGGAGAAUACAAAUGUCUUGCACGAAAUUCGAUUGGUGAAGCUGAAAGUGUCUGCUUCGUUCGCAUAGAGGAACCGGAGGAGAAACGAAGCAAGAAAAUCGAUGAAUCGAAGGCCCCCAAGUUCAGCAUGCAUCUGGUGAAUCCACGUGAAGUACCGGAGGGAACCGAAUUGAUCCUUACAUGCGUCGUCACUGGUACUCCUCAUCCGAAGAUCACUUGGUUGAAGGAUGGUAAAAGGUUGUCGUUGGCCGACAAAGACGCAACUUAUGAUAAUGGCGUUUGCACCCUAACCAUCCCAUCUGCGGUCGUAGCAGACAGUGGCAACUACACGUGUGAGGCAGAAAAUAUUAAUGGCAAAGCACGAUCAGAGACUGUUGUGACCGUCACCUCAUCACUUGAAAAUGACAAAUCUGCUCCUAAAUUUGUCGAGCUGUUGAUGGAUCAGACUGUACAGCAAAGUGAAGAAAUUCUUCUGGAGUGUUGCUUCAAAGGCAAACCAACGCCCACUAUCACCUGGUACAAAGACGGGCAAAAGUUAGUUGUGGAGAAUCGCAUGCUGCAGUACUGUGAUAGAAAGGGAGUUGCAAGACUGAACAUAAUGAAUUGUGUUCUCGGAGAUUCCGGUGACUACUCAUGUGAGGUCGUCAACGCCUUAGGCAAGGACAUGACGGAAUGCCGUGUGAAAGUAACUGGCGAGAUUGAUGGAGCCAUAGAUCACAGUCCGAGCCGUUCUUCCACUCCGUCGGUUAGCUAUUCAACUGAUGAUUCUCGACCUCCGGUUAUAACUCGACCCCUUGUUGACACCAGUGUCAAAGCUGGAUCUCGAGAACUCCUGGAGCUGGAGGUGGAUGGUGUUCCAACGCCUGUCAUAGAAUGGUAUCACGAUGGAAAACUGGUAACCGAAAACAGAACUCUUCGAACUACAUUUGACGGAAAGGUGGCGGUUCUCAAGAUCUACGAGGCGCAACCUGAGCAUCAAGGGCAGUAUAUUUGCAAGGUGUCGAAUAAAUUAGGAGUUGUGGAGUCUCGGGCUAUGCUAGUCGUCGAGCAAGAUACCACGGAUCAAGUGACCAACAUCCCUGUCUUCAUCAAGAAACUUCAGAAUGUCACUGUCAAAGAGGUCGGCGGCCCCAUUUCUCUGAGUUGUCAAGUACGUGGUGAUCAGCCUAUCACGCUAAAUUGGCUUCACAAUGGUACGCUGAUAACGAGCGACUCUCGUUACCGUAUUCGGUCGUUCGACGAUGGCAUUUCAACUCUGGAAAUCCUUGCAAUAACGGAAGAACUCUGUGGAACGUACACUGUGAGAGCUUCUAAUCCGCACGGAGACUCUCAUUCAUCUGCUCUGGUGCAAUUAGACCAGAUCGCUGACGAGGUUGCUGCUCCAUCUCCACCGACAUUCGUCAUUGCACCAAAAUCCAAGAUCGUCGUUGACGAGUCUUCAUCUCUCACAAUCGUCUGCGACAUCAGUGGUUCAUCGACGAUGAAAGUUACAUGGUUCAAAAAUGGUCGUCAAGUCAACCCUACGGACAGAGUGCGCAUGGAGCGUGACGGUCUGACAUUCAGACUUGUCAUAACAAAUGCCACGGCUGAAGACGAAGGAGAGUACACUGCCACUGCCACGGACGAAUUCGGAGAAGCGACGGCUAAGAGCGAAGUUGUGGUGACUCCUCGACGUGAAGCCGCUCCAACUACGGUCAAAAUUGUGAAAAAGCCGCCUAGUCCCAUCAGCGGCGAGCUAGUUGUGGAGAACUGCACGAAAGACUCCGUGUCAUUCAGUUGGAAUCCACCCGAAGAUGCUCAAGCAUCACACCUAGAGGAUUAUAAAGUGGAGCAGCGGACUCCCGAUCAACAGACGUGGACUGAAGUCGCCACGGUUACGCGACCAAGGUGUACCAUCAAGAAUCUUUCACCCAACACUGAGUAUCUUUUCCGAGUCCUUGCAAGGAAUGCAGAAGGACUUAGUGAAGGCAGUUCGCCUUUUAAAGUUAGAACCCUUCCGGCUGGAUCAAAGCCGCAAUUUACAGAAUUACCAGCACCAUCGUUCGAUGUGAUGGAAGAUGACGAACUGAGCAUUGUGGCAAUCAGCCGGCGAGCAGUUGUGAGGAGAACUGCACGAAAGACUCCGUGGAAUCCACCCGAAGAUGCUCAAGCAUCACACCUAGAGGAUUAUAAAGUGGAGCAGCGGACUCCCGAUCAACAGACGUGGACUGAAGUCGCCACGGUUACGCGACCAAGGUGUACCAUCAAGAAUCUUUCACCCAACACUGAGUAUCUUUUCCGAGUCCUUGCAAGGAAUGCAGAAGGACUUAGUGAAGGCAGUUCGCCUUUUAAAUCAGAUGGUAUAAAAACGGGAAAGAGAUGGCGGAGUCAGAUAGCGGCAUCACCUACUGAUAGUACCAGUUCGAUGUUGACCAUAGCUAAAGCCCGUAGUGGUAUAGAUGACGCCACCUACACGUGUCAGAUCGAAAAUGAGAUGGGACAGGCUUCAUCUGACGUUGCUGUGACUAUUAUUGCCACCAAGGAAGAGCCUGAGCUUGUGGAUGCCGUCAAAGACCGAAGCGACAAGGCUACCGCGGGAGCUCCUUCCGUCGCCAAACCACUAAGCAACGAAACCGUACAAUUAGGGCAGCAGUUCACUUUAUGCUGCAGAUUUACGGGCAAAGAUGGCACGACCAAGUGGUAUCAUAAUGACGACAAAGUUUCGCCUACAGGCCGCUACGAAUUGUUCAGCUCUCCAAAUGGCUCACAGAAGCUCGUCUGCCACAAUAGCUCCCUGACUGACGCUGGAAUUUAUCGCUGUGUGUUCACAAACGACAAAGGAAUGGCUCAAACCGAGUGUGAGGCAGUCGUCAAAAGCGAACUUGACCAUACAGCUCCGGUGUUCGAUAAACAACUGCAGGAUAUUACCACAUUAACUGGCAAACAGCUAGUGUUGAGCUGUCGUGCAGUAGGCCACCCAGAACCUGACUUGGUCUGGACAAAAGACGGAGAGCGAAUAGCGACCAGUCGGCGGGUACGGCUUGAGUUUGACGAACAAGGAACGUCUGAGCUGCACAUACACGACUGUACAGCACAAGAUGCAGGAAUUUAUCUUUGCACAGCAACGAAUACAUGUGGAGUAGAGUCCACGCAAUGUACGCUCACAGUUGCUGAAGUAACUGGUAAAGAUGCUCAUUUGGUUAUUGCUGAAGAAGAAAAAGUCAUGGUACCUCGAUUCACCCGAGCACCACCAUCAACUUUGGAUGCGCAGGAAGGAGGGCAAUUUAAGCUCGUUGCAAAGGCUGUUGGCGAACCUAAGCCAACAUUGACCUGGAAGAAAGACGGCAGAGAAGUGCUUCGUACGAAUCGGUUGUAUAAAACGUAUUUGACCGGUGAUGGCGAGAGCCACCUAGUUGUGGAAUGCGUCGUAUCGAAAACGAGCGGCAUUUUCAGCUGCAUUGCCCAUAACAUUCAUGGCGAGGCUGUGUCGGAAACCCAAGUUUUUGUUCAUCGCGGCAAGACUUCCCUCCCAGCUGCCGAAAAACCUGCGUUCUCAGAGCAUCUCAAGGAUACUGGUGUCGUUGCUGGGCAUCCUGUCACGCUUGGUUGUAAGGUGCACGGCGUUCCUGAGCCUGAACUGAAAUGGUACUAUAUUGACGAUGCAGGUAACAUCACCUGCUUGACUGAUGAUGCACAUGGCUGGAUUGAAUGCAGAGGAGGAGAGGCGGCCGAGCUCAAGGCAGAUUGUGUGCUAAGGAGUCAGCAAGGCACAUACAAAUGCGUUGCUAGCAAUGAGCUAGGACAAGCCAGUUCAAUGUGUUAUCUUCUUAUCGGAGAUCUGAAAGAUGAACGUGCCGGACCACCAAGAUUCCUCCGUUGCCUGCGAGAUAUAUGGACCCCUCUCGGAGAAGAAGUGGUUUUCGAAGUUGAAGUGGCAGGUUACCCAGCACCAGACUUGACGUGGUACCACCAAGACAAGAAGAUUGUCGAAGGAAAAACGGUCAAGAUAACGUACCUAUCGGAGAAUGUGUGCGAGCUACGCGUGUCACAAGUAGCCUUGAAGGAUCUCGGCAGUUAUGCCGUUGAAGCGUCGAAUGUUCAUGGCGUAGUGCGCACCACCUCAUCGUUGAACGUUGGUGAGCCUCGUCAUGCAGAGCCGCCCCAGUUCCAGCAAAUAGAAGAACCUGGAAUCGAAGUCAAGCCAAAAGUUGCCUUCCGCGAAGAAGUGAAGAAGUCUGCCUCAGCUGUUCGCAUGGAGUUCCGCAAAAAAGAGCACCGCCAUCGACACACUGAGCAGAAAGGCGCCAGGUCGGCUCGUAUGGAUGCUCGUGGCCUUGCUGCCAGCAUAGUGGCAGGAAUGAAAAUCGACGAGGAAUCGCGCAGACAGAGUACUGAAGAACAGAAGGGCAGUCUAGCUAUGGAGGAAAUUCGCGAGGCUAUACAAACAAGAAAUCAGCGAAUGUGCAGACCGAAGUUCAUAGUGAAACCACGGCCCAAGAAGGUAUUGGAAGAGUUCAAGUCCCUUCGUUUGAAGACGGCCAUUUCUGCUAAUCCGACGCCAAUCGUUCAUUGGGAUCGAGAAGGUGUCAUACUCGAGACUGGCAAUAAAUAUUCUAUCUAUAAUGAUGGAGACUUCUACUACUUGGAGGUCCAUCAAGUUUCUGUGUUUGACCAAGGAUUUUACAACUGCACUGCUACCAACAGUGAAGGAAUCUCAACAUGCUCAUCAGAGGUGGAGGUGGUGAAAACCACUGAGGAUACUUCGAUGCAGCAAGAAAAGCGGAAGCCGAAGAAAGAGCUGAAAGCACCGAGUUUCAUUGAAGUACUGCCAGGGAAGUUGAAGGCAAUCGCUUGCGAGCCAUUGUCAAUCGAAUGCUCUUUAUCGGGAUAUCCAGCUCCAGCUAUACGGUGGUUGCGUAAUGGCAGUCCACUGCUUCCGCAAACGGAAAGAUAUGUGAUGUCAUACGAUGGUGAGUGUGCGACUCUGAAGUUCGCUUUCGUGUCAGUCGCGGACGAAGGUGUCUACACUUGUGAAGCAAAGAAUGAGUGUGGAGAGACUAAAGCUCAGGUUUGUCUUGAAAUCGAUCCUGGAGAGUCGUUGUCAGCUGACGGCAUCCCGCCAUUGUUCAGAACAGAGAAGGUUCGGUCGAUAAUAAAAGCAAAUGAUGGAGAGCGUGUCGAGCUGGUUGCCGAACUAGUACAAGGUUCUGAACCUUUGCAAAUCCGUUGGAUUCGAAAUCGAGUGAUCAUCACGGAUUCUGAAUCCUUCCAAUACGUGCGAAAUGGUGCAGAUGUUCGUCUAGUAAUUGCUGAUGCUUUCCCUGAAGAUGGCGGAGAAUACGCCGUAGAAGCACGAAAUCAAUUUGGAACAGCACGAUGUAUUAUGAGACUUGAUAUUCACAGCCAUGAAAGAUCUCUUGCUGAAGAUCCCCCACGCAUCAGUGAUGCCCCAGCUAUCGUUAGAAUUGCCCCUGGUGAGAGCGCUGAGCUCUCUGCCCGUGUCACUGGCCAUCCUGAUCCAGUUGUCGCAUGGGCAAAAGGAGCAGAAGCAAUAACCAACUCUGUAAAAUAUACUCUUUCCAAUGAAGGUGAUAUAUUUUCACUUCAUGUAAACGAUGCAGUACGCACAGAUGCCGGCAAGUAUUCUUUGACUGCCGUCAAUGUUGCCGGUGAAGCUACUGCAGCUAUUGAACUGGCUGUUUCUGAGCCUACUGGCUCAUCUACGAUGCGGCCACGGUUCACACAUGCCCCAGUGUCGGUACAGUCUCGUCUGGGACACCGUGUGGAGCUGCUGGCUCGUUUCACCGGCCAACCACCAGCCGUUUGCCGGUGGUUCAAAGGUGACGUUGGACUGGAGGAUGGCGUCGGCGGUUAUACGAUCGUCGAUGGCGCGGACAAUUCAACGUUAUCGAUAUUAUUCUUGGAAAAUGAACAUGUUGGAGAAUACCUCUGUACUGUGCGUAAUACUUAUGGAGAAGAUCUCGCCAGUGCAAUGAUUAUGAUAGAAGGUUCGUCUAUUGCGUUGCCACAACGUCGAUCGAUUCAAAAAUGA